AGAGACAUUCUCAAAUUUCUCUCCCAUCAGACAAGUCUGUAAGAAGUAGAACGGCAGACCGGAGCCGCUGGUAAAGCACGACGUAAGCACCGGGUGAGCUUGGGUUGAAUCCAAACAUUCAUUCUACCAGAUCGUCUCUAGGCUUUCACUCGGACCUCGAAGGUGAAUCCAGAGGGGAGAGAGAAGACCAGUUUGCGUGUUAGUCUGCUACCUGUUGGGAGCCGUUGGAGGACAUUUGGCAGACAUCUUGUUUUGAGAAGGUCAUAACCACAAACCAUCCAGGAGAAUGUUACUAUUGGGAUGACCUUUGUGACCUCACCAUUGCCCGCCCCCAUAAAGAUCAACCACCAAUUAGGAACCCUGAGGGAUGUGGUUGGCUGGUUCCAGUGAUGGACAGGUGACCAGCCAGACCUCUAGCUGCACCCUCCUGCUCUGAUUCCCCCUCCCCUCCCUCCCCUCCCUGGCGUGCAGUGCCAGCUCCCCCCACCAGGACGGAGACCCCCCCACAUCUCUGCCAUGGUGACAUAAUCAGCAACACAGCAUGUGGGAGAACCAAUAUGGUGAAACCGUCUCAUUUCUAUCCCCAGUAGCUGCUCAAGCUGCUGCUGCUGCUGUUACUUCUAUAGCCUGUGGAUUACUAACCAGAAGACUGGAAAAAACAACACUGACUUGGGACUGAUUUAUUUCUGCUAAGCCUACCCUAGGCUAGCCUACACUAUCCUGUCCUACCCUACCAACAAGCCCGUUUCGGUCAGUAGUUCAGCCGGGUCAGGCGUUGUGCGUGACGAUGCUGGGAUGUGUGUCCCGCCUGCGUCGGCUGGUCCGUCUUGUCCGCCACCUCCCCCUCCAGACCUCCCUGCUCCUCCUCUUCCUCUUCUGCACCGUCAGCGUCUUCGUCUCCGCGUACUUCCUGUACGGCGCGAAACAGGAGCUCGAGCACUCAGGAGGGGGCAUGGCUGGUGGCGAGGUGGCGUCGGCCGUCUACGAUGACCUCCGGAUGAGCCCGUCGCGCCUGCUCCCAUUGCGGGCGGUGUCUGGGGGGCCCGGGGGCGAAGGAGGGGUGAGGACAGACCCUGUGGUGCUGGUGUUUGUAGAGAGCCAGUACUCUCAGCUGGGCCAGGAUAUCGUGGCCAUCCUGGAGUCGGGACGUUUCCGGUACCGGACGGAGAUCUCUCCCGGUAAAGGGGACAUGCCCACGUUAACUGAUAAGGAGCACGGACGCUUCACGCUGGUCAUCUAUGAGAACAUCCUGAAGUACGUUAACCUGGACGCCUGGAACAGAGAGCUGCUGGACAAGUACUGUGUGGAAUACGGAGUGGGCAUCAUCGGCUUCUUUAAGGCCAAUGAGAAUAGCCUGCUGAGUGCCCAGCUCAAAGGCUUCCCCCUCUUCCUCCACUCCAACCUGGGCCUGAAAGACUGCACGGUCAACUCCAAGUCCCCCCUCCUAUUCAUCACCCGCUCCGGCCAACCCCUCCCAGGCCCCCUCCCUGGUGACGACUGGACCGUCUUUCAGUCCAACCACUCCACCUACGAGCCCGUCCUCCUGGCCAAGACCCAGUCCGCAGAGAGUGUCCCCUCACUGGGUACGACGGUCGCACUGCUUCCCUCCGUGGUGCAGGACCUGGGGCUCCAUGAUGGGAUCCAGAGGGUUCUGUUUGGGAACAACCUCAACUUCUGGCUGCACAAGCUGGUGUUUGUGGACGCGGUGGGCUUCCUGACGGGAAAGAGGCUCUCUCUCUCCCUGGAGCGACACCUACUGGUCGAUAUAGAUGACAUCUUUGUUGGGAAGGAGGGCACGAGGAUGAAGGUGGAUGAUGUUAAGGCCCUGUUGGAGACCCAGCAAGAGCUGCGUAACCAUGUACCCAACUUCACCUUCAACCUGGGCUAUUCAGGGAAGUUCUUCCAUGCAGGGUCAGAUGAGGAGGACCUGGGGGAUGACCUGCUCCUCUCCUACGUCAAGGAGUUCUGGUGGUUCCCCCACAUGUGGAGCCACAUGCAGCCCCACCUCUUCCACAACCAGUCAGUGCUAGCUGAACAGAUGCUGCUCAACAAGAGGUUCGCUAUGGAGCACGGUAUCCCCACUAACAUGGGCUAUGCGGUGGCACCCCACCACUCUGGGGUGUACCCGGUCCACCUGCAGCUGUACGAUGCCUGGAAGAAGGUGUGGGGCAUAAGGGUGACCAGCACGGAGGAGUACCCCCACCUCAAACCUGCCCGCUUCAGACGAGGAUUCAUACACAGCGGUAUCAGCGUCUUGCCCAGGCAGACAUGUGGCCUGUUCACGCACACCAUCUUCUAUAAGGAGUACCCAGGCAGUCCCAACGAACUGGACAAACUCAUUAACGGAGGAGAGCUGUUCCUCACUGUUCUACUCAACCCUAUCAGUAUCUUCAUGACCCACCUGUCUAACUACGGUAACGACCGGCUGGGCCUGUACACCUUUAAGAGCCUGGUGGCCUUCCUGCAAACCUGGACCAACCUGCGGCUGCAGACCCUGCCUCCCAUCCAGCUGGCCCAGAGAUACUUCAGCCUCUUCCCUAACGAGAGAGACCCACUCUGGCAGGAUCCCUGCGAGGACAAAAGGCACAAGGACAUCUGGUCAAAGGAGAAGACAUGCGACCGUUUCCCCAAGCUGCUUGUCAUUGGGCCUCAGAAGACAGGUUCUACAGCCCUCUAUCUGUUCCUGGGCAUGCACCCUGACCUGACCAGUAACUACCCCAACAAGGAGACCUUUGAGGAGAUCCAGUUCUUCAACGGACACAACUACCACAGAGGCAUCGACUGGUACAUGGAGUACUUCCCCCUACCCUCCAACACCAGCUCAGACUACUACUUUGAGAAAAGUGCCAACUAUUUUGACUCUGAGGUGGCAGCGGAGCGGGCGGCUGCCCUCUUGCCUAAAUCCAAGAUCAUCACCAUCCUCAUCAACCCAGCUGACCGCGCUUACUCCUGGUACCAGCACCAGCGCGCUCAUGACGACCCAGUGGCUCUGAAAUACUCCUUCCAUGAUGUCAUCGUGGCUACCCAUGAUGCCCCAGUGAGAUUGCGUGUGCUCCAGAACCGUUGCUUGGUUCCGGGCUGGUACGCCAUCCACCUGGAGAGAUGGCUCAACCACUACCACUCCAGUCAGGUCCUGGUUCUGGAUGGGCAGCAGCUGAAGACUGAGCCGGCCUCAGUCAUGGACAGGAUCCAGAGGUUUUUAGGCCUGGUCAACACGGUCAACUACCACAGGAUCCUAGCGUUUGACCCCAACAAAGGCUUCUGGUGUCAGCUGCUGGAGGGAGGGAAGACCAAGUGUCUGGGGAAGAGCAAGGGGCGGAGGUACCCUGACAUGGACCCAGAGUCCCAGUUGUUCCUCAGGGAGCACUACAGGGAUCAAAACAUAGCAUUAUCUAAGCUGCUGUACAGGAUGGGCCAGCCCCUGCCCAGCUGGCUCCGAGAGGAACUGGUCCAUACCAGGUAGCAGGGGGAGGGGGACAGCUCAGCGGACUGUACCACAGCUUAACCACCCCCCAUAUGGAGGAGUAUUAUAUGAAUCCCCUGGAGGAUCCAUAGGAGGGUAAGAAAGGGGUGUGUUCUGAUGAAGGCCUCUCCUUCUGUAUGUGCUCUUCAUAAGAGGGAAGAACAGGGAGGAAGGGAGAGCAGGGAUGGUGACCUGUGGUCGAUGAGUCUACAAUGGCUCAUAACCUAGGCCCUAAGUGCACUCCUCUCUCUCCCUAAAUUGUACCUCCCCAUGAAAUACCACCACCCUUACUUGGUACAUUCUAUGAAGAGACUACCCACAAGACUGUGCCACCUCUUACAGAGGUGGAGGGGUGUGAAGGUACCGGUACAGAUAGGAUGGGAUGGAGAGGAGGGUGUGGUCAACCCUCAUCCCCUCUUUCUUUGACUAUCCCUUGCGUUCCUCACAUGGACUUGGACCUUACACUUGAGAGGAACUGGAGGAUGAAGAGGAAGAGUGAGACUUGCCUAGCCUGCACAGUACCAGUCAUUUAAGGCUGGGUGAGGUGAAAAAAGGGCAGAUAUUACACUAGAGCAGAGAUCAAUUAGUACUUGAAUCAAUUAAAGAACGAAUGCCAUUAGUUGAAAAUGCCUGUGGUUUCUAUCUAAAAACCAUAGGGGGGUGGUAUGAUGUAUAUUGACUCAGGCUACAGGUGUGAUGUGGUCUUAUUCACUAGGCCUUUAGACACUGGACAUGAACACAUUUACCAGUGCCCUGACAGUCUUCACCACUACAUUACCUGGCCUAUUGACAGUUCUUAUUUUUUAAGAUUGGGAUUUGGAGACAUGUUAUUGUAAAAGGUGACCAGAAACACAUUUUGCUUCGUUUCUGUUUCAGAUGAGUUUGCAUACACAGCACAGGAAGUGUCAGGCAGACAGCCAGGCUGCUCACAUUGAAAGCACAAUAUGCAAAGUAUUGGUACAUCUCAUAAAUAGACUUUACAGAUACACACAUAUUCUAAUUUAUCAGGUUGUCUGAAAGCACAGUCAUUCUAAUUAACAGCUUGUCUGAAAGCACAGUCAUUCUAGUUUAAUAGGUUGUCUGAAAGCACCGUCAUUCUAGUUUAAUAGGUUGUCUGAAAGCGCAGUCAUUCUAAUUAACAGCUUGUCUGAAAGCACAGUCAUUCUAGUUUAACAGCUUGUCUGAAAGCGCAGUCAUUCUAAUUAACAGCUUGUCUGAAGGCACAGUCAUUCUAGUUUAAUAGGUUGUCUGAAAGUGCAGUCAUUCUAAUUAACAGCUUGUCUGAAAGCACAGUCAUUCUAGUUUAAUAGGUUGUCUGAAAGCACAGUCAUUCUAGUUUAACAGCUUGUCUGAAAGCGCAGUCAUUCUAAUUAACAGCUUGUCUGAAAGCACAGUCAUUCUAGUUUAACAGCUUGUCUGAAAGCACAGUCAUUCUAGUUUAAUAGGUUGUCUGAAAGCACAGUCAUUCUAGUUUAACAGCUUGUCUGAAAGCUCAGUCUUAACACAGAUAUUACAGUAUGUGAAGUCGGUCCCACGUUAAACAAAGUACAACUUAUGAAGGCUUCAUAUAGCAUACAUAAAGGCUUCAUAGGCACUACAAAAAUGCUUCACAAAUCAUCUAUAAUCAUAUUUCAUACUCUAAAUGGUGUAUAAAAGGUGACUACACUUCCCACUGUAGGAUGAAUUGCCAAAUGUGACAUAACACACUGUAUGCUUAUACACCAUUCAUAGUGUCAUACGCUAAUUUUGAAGCAUUUAUGUAGUGAUUAUAAAGCCUUAAUGUAUGCUCUUUCAAGUGUUUAUAAGUUGUACUUUGUUUAAAGUGGGAACGUGAAGUCUGACAUAAGCUAAGUUUAAAUGCACUCAAGUCCAUCAGUCAUCUGCAGUGUGAGGAUUAUUUUUAAUAAAUCCUUAUUUUGAAUGUUCCAUUUCAUUUGUUUUAGCAGUUGUUCAUAGUAUUUCUGAGUUGCAUCAGGGAGAAUCUAAAUCAUGAACAUCUGACAUAGUCAGUAUGGCCCAAGUUAUAGUAGUAGUUGUAACUCAGACAUUAGUCACAUGGUACUACCACUGCAAGCAUACAUAACAAAAAGCUGCUCUUACCGCAAUACUUUUGUACAACGUUGUUCAGACGUAAUAACAACGCACAUGCUGUUUGUUUGUUUCUUUCCUGACUCUAAUCUAAUGUUAUAGACAUCAAUUAUUGAAUGCGAUUGAGGUGAAACUCUUUCAGCCCCCUCUCAUAAUGCAACGAAAGAGGUAUUCAGUGGGACAGAAUCAUCCAGGUAGUAUUGAAUUGUCACUACUAUGGAUCUUAAUAUAGUGCCAUCUGCUGAAGUCCCGACAGAUCUCUUUCAUCCUCUGUUCAUACGAAUGUUCCUCCCCUCAACUACCCCCACACUGCCAAUUGUUGUACAGAGCUCCUUGAUUUCUUUAUUUAAAGUAUUAUUGACAUGAUAAUAACACAAUAACAGCAAUGAUGGUACUAAUCUCCCCGGACUGUACGAUAGACUUGUAAUUGUUGUCAAUCAUUUUUACAGUGUAACUAAUAUUGUCAGUGCUUUUUAAUUAGCAAAUAAAACCACUUGAUUUUUUAUA